AUGUAUGCGUACGGAAUGCUGGCACCGGAGAUGAAUACGUCUGGUCUUGAAAGUGGAGAUUCAAUUGAAAAGCCUUACAGUCAGGGCUUCAAAGUCCUUUCAAAAAGCGCUGAAAUCGUAUCGCGUGAAUACUGCAAACAAGACUACCGUUCCUCAAAGGGGUUGCCAGUAGUUGCCAACCAAUACACCCAAUACUGUCGAAGUGAUAUAAUUGUCGGCGAUUUUGGACUCAAUCCAAUUGAGCUCAAGGCAAGUGCUCGCAACCAGUUCUCCAUCUCUGACUAUGAGUGCAGUCGCAGAUAG